AUGGUUUCCCUGAAGCUGCAGAAGCGGCUCGCCUCGAGCGUGCUCAAGUGCGGCAAGGGCAAGGUCUGGCUCGACCCCAAUGAGGUCAACGAGAUCUCCAUGGCCAACUCUCGCCAGAACAUUCGUAAGUUGGUUAAGGAUGGGUUCAUCAUCAGGAAUCCCCAAAAGAUCCACUCAAGGUCCCGUGCACGCAGAGCCCAUGAGGCAAAACAGAAGGGCCGUCAUUCUGGAUAUGGUAAGCGCAGGGGUACCAGGGAGGCUAGGCUUCCCACCAAGAUUCUGUGGAUGAGGAGGAUGCGCGUGCUCAGGCGGCUGCUCUGCAAGUACCGUGAAGCAAAGAAGAUCGACAAGCACAUGUACUUGAAGGUCAAGGGUAACAUGUUCAAGAACAAGCUUGUGCUUAUGGAAAGCAUUCGCAAGUCAAAGGGUGAGAAGGCAAGAGAGAAGACGCUCUCUGACCAGUUUGAGGCUAAGCGAGUAAGCGUGCCAAGAGCAAGGCAAGCCGUGAAAGGAAGAUUGCCAGGAGGGAGGAGAGGCUUGCUCAGGGCCCAAGGGACCACUCCGCACCUGCUGCAGCAGCAGCAGCUCCUGCCCAACCUGCAGCGGCACCAAAGAAGGCAAAGAAGUGAAGAUCUGACGAUUAAGCGUUCUGUUUACUGGGUGAAAUCAGUUUGUUCUUAG